AAUAUUAUUCCUGAUAAUAUUCCUGAUAAUGAUCCCGAAUAUAUGGAUCGUGGGUUGCCAGUUAACUACGUGUCAUUAAUGUACUGCAUCAAGACCGAUUAGAUUUAAGCUGUGCAAUAUGAGCAGAUUUUCCCUGUAACAGUUCCCUACCCUCUGCAUCUUCCUUCCUGAUCAGCCACCCUCAGCUCAACCACAGAGUCAGGCAUAUUACAGAGCAAGAACAAACAGCACACAACACACAUUCUCAUUUUGGGGCAUGAGUGGUACAAUUCAUCUUUGUUACCAAUCUUUGUUCUAAAAUUUCAUUCUAGAAUCUCUCACUGUGCUGUGAACCCAGUAGCAAGUACCUUCUAGUAGCUACUUCCUUCUAGGACAAUACCAGCAAGCACAUUUAUGGACCGUCUUUCCAAUGCAACAGCUCUGUUGGCAUGGUCUGAGCCUUUUGUGCACAUUUCUACACACGGUUUAGGUUUGUCCUCAUUUACCACCAGCUGUGUGCCCUGCCCUUCUGAGCCUUUGAUGCUCAUGUUUUUAGCUAUCCCAUGUCUUCCUCAGCACCUGCAUACUUGCCUGCCUCUUCACAGGGACAAAGCUAACUGAUGGGGUGUGGAAGAGCAGUGUCUGCAUGCCCACAGCACUCAGUUCAGAGCGCAGAGAGGCCCAGCAGGGCUUCUUUUUCCUUCGGGAUAUCCUUAGGGAUGCUUACAUCCUUCAGAGUUUUCAAUCAAGUCACCCCGAGCAGUGCUACAAGCACCAUGUGUGCCUCACGUAGUGGUGACAGAGUAAAGCUUCGCGAUCUGUCACAGGCAGGGAUACUGACAUGAUCUGGUGAUCCCUUCUGAUCUCCGGCUCCAUAUCAGCAAGUCACGUGCCCUAGUGAGUGUGUUUAUUAUUAUUUAAUUUGCUUUGCUAGCAAAUACCAACAGCACAGGCAUUUUCACACUCGUUCUCUCUCACCAGGGGAGGAUAAAAACACCACUAAUGUCUUGUAAUGCUGCUUGAAAAUGUGCAGAAGAAGAUGGUCUGAGUGGCAGUGGUUCUAGUUUUCAUCUGUUCUCCUUUGCCUCUGUGAGUUUCUUUUUUGCAACAAGCGUCUUGUGAAACGUCCUGACAGAGGAAUGGUGAAAAUUCGCCUCUCUCCAUGUGCUGUGAGAAAUACCCCAGCUAUGGCUCUGUCUGCACAUCAGAUUUGAGUCCGUGCAGACUGCCCAGCACUGUGGGAGCUGCUCUAGCUCCUCCUCCUGCAGGAGGGCUGUGCUUGUGGCCAUACUGGUAACGUGGACGGACUCUUGGUGGAGAAGAGCGAUGGUGUUGGCAGCGAUAAUGAACCAGCAAGAGAGGGUCAGUCCUGGGACUGCAGCCCCAGCAGAAGGGAGCAGCUGUUCCCGCCUGAGCCCCUGGGUCUUCCUCGUUUCUGCCCUUGCCGUCAAAACUGCCCUUAUGACCGUCGGCCUCGUUGUUCUCUUUCACAGGAGCUGUGGCCAGUACAAGACUCUGCCCCAGAAUGCUCCAGGGUGGCACUGCAUCCCCAAUGGACCUCCAAGCCAAAAACGAGACUGGAAGUGCUGUCCAGAGGGCUGGAGACCCUUUCAGGAAAGCUGCUAUUACUUCUCAGAUGAUUGGAUGCCCUGGAAUGAGAGCCAGCAGAACUGCAGUGGGAUGGGCUCCCAGCUGGUGGUGAUCAAUACAGAAGCAGAGCAGGAUUUCCUCUAUAAGGAAAUAAGAAGACAGAUGAAAUACCAACAAAAGGGAAACGAUUUCUACAUUGGUCUGCGGGCACAGGAGGUGGGCCAGUGGCGCUGGGCAGACCAGACUCCCUAUAAUGUAACAGCAGCGUUCUGGAGGCGUGGGGAGCCAACUAAUAGUCCUGAAGAGAAGUGUGUUGUAAUCCAUCACCAGUCAGAAAAUCUCCAGAACUGGAAUGAUGUCCCGUGCACAAUCCGUUCUUAUCGGAUUUGUGAAAAUGCAGCAGAAACUCUAUGAUGGAGGAAUCCUCAUCCUGAGAUUAGCAGCAAACUUGGAACAGCAGAGGGCUGUGUUGGGAGGGGUAGGAGAGCCUUGGAGCCUUUAUCUUCCCUCUGCUGGGUGGGAUGGUGAGACUGGGAGUGAUGUUGCUCUGCAUCCAGCAUCCCCUGUACAUGUGUAUUUCUCAAAGUACUAUGACCCCUGAAGUGCAAACAAUAAAUGCUAAAGAACUCUGCCUGUGCUUUCUCAGGCUGACCAUCCCUUCCCAUGGUCGGUGAGGACAGAUUUGGCAGUGGAAUCUCCAGGCAAGCAUGGCAGGUGAAGGUCAU